AUGGCUGAAGAACAGGAAAACGAGCUCGUCCCCGAAGAGGAGGUUACCUCCAUCCCAGGCUGGGCUCCCACGGUGUCCUUGCAGGUGCAGGACAUCCGAACCGGAGAAGAGGAAGAGGAAGAAGUCUACUCGCAGCGUUCGAAGCUGUACCGAUUCAAAGAUGGAGAUUGGAAGGAGAGAGGCCUUGGGGACUCGAAGCUGUUGAGACACAAGGUUUCAGGAAAAGUUCGGUACAUGAUGCGACAAGAGAAGACCGGCAAAAUUGUGGCAAACCAUUUUGUCUUCGAGCACCAGCUGUAUUGUGUUCUUGCGAAUCAAAACCAGAGUGACAAGAUUCUGAUGUGGACCGCGCUGGAUUAUGCCGAGGAUGAGCAGCACGCGGAACAGUUCGCAUUGAAAUUCAAAGACAAGGAGCUGGCUGAAAUGUUCCGAACUGCGUUUGACAGGGCGAAAGUUGGCCAAACUUCCGGAAGUCCCAAGGCUGAUGGGCCUGGACCGCCGCCGAGCGAGCCGCACAGCGAGCCGCAUGGAAGCCCCACGCCACCAGCACAAGCCGCUGCAGAAGGGGUCGAGGAUGAGCUGGUGCCGGAAGAAGAAGUCACCGUCGUGCCAGGCUGGGCUCCGACUGUGACGUUGCAACCCCAGGAGAUUCGCACCGGUGAGGAAGAUGAAGACGAAAUUUAUUCCCAAAGAUCGAAGCUGUAUCGCUUCAAAGACAGCGACUGGAAGGAAAGAGGGCUUGGUGAUUCCAAGCUUCUUCGAAACAGGGUAACAGGGAAAGUUCGGUAUAUGAUGCGGCAAGAGAAGACCGGCAAGAUUGUCGCCAAUCAUUACUUAAUCGCCUACCCUCCGUAUUGUGAGCUCGCGCCGAAUGCUGGGAGUGACAAAAUCUGGACAUGGACGACCAUAGAUUGUGCGGAGGAUGAACAAAAGGUGGAGCAGUUUUCACUCAGAUUCAAAGAUGCAGAUCUUGCACAGCAGUUCAAAACGGCCUUCAACAGUGCAAGAGCAGAGAUGGCCGAGGUCUACACGCCCGAGCCGAAAACAAACGAUUCUGAAGCUGCAGCUGGUGAUGCAGCUGCUGUCGGCGUCAGUCCUGAGUCAGACGCCGGGGAAAACGGGAACCCGUUCGCGGGGGUCUCCCUAUUCGCAGCAAGCCCGUUGCAGUCGUCGGGGACUGCUUUGACUGGUGGCGCCACUUCAGGUGGCCUGUUUAGCUCUCUCUCCUCCACUGGUUCUGUCGCUUCCAGCAGUGGGUUAUUUUCAACCACUGCAGCUACCAGCGGCGGAUCUUUGUUCAGCUCUUCCAGCGCUUCAGCCAGUUCUGGUCUUUUCGGUGGUGGGCUAUUCGCCUCGGCCAACACUGCUGGUGGCUUGUUCAGCGGAAUGUCGUUUGGCUCGAACAAGGCAGACCCACCCGAGAGUCAGGCUCAGGUCGAGAGCAAGCCGACGUCAUCGGAGGCUGCAGCCCCAUUCGCAAGCUUGACUUUUGCUGCCAGCACGGGUGGCCUGUUUGGCAACACUGCCGGCAGCUUUUUCUCUGGCAGUGGCAGCCUGUUUGGAAACUCUGGUAAUUCCAGCAGCUCUGGUGGUGGGCUUUUCUCCGGAAGCACUGGUGGCGCGAGUGGCGGCCUUUUCGCUGGGCUGCCCGAGAGCUCCAGUGGCGGAAUUUUUGGCGGCGGCAGCAUCGCGACCACAGGCAGCAGCCUUUUUGGUUUGGCUGCAUCUUCGGGGAGUCUCUUCAGUGCAGCAUCAGGAGGAGGCAUCCAGGGAGCAGCGGCGACGGGUGCCGCAGAGAAGGCUCCAUCGACGGGUCUGUGGGCAGGAGCAACAGCCAACGGGGCACAGGAUGACGAGCAGUAUGUUUUUGAAGAAGAAGUCACGCAGAUUCCUGGUUGGGCUCCCUCUGUCUCGUUGGAAGUCAGAGAUCACGUCGAGACCGGCGAAGAAGACGAGGAGGAGAUGUACAGUCAGCGCUCCAAGCUGCUCCGCUUCGUCGAGAACGAAUGGAAGGAGCGAGGGACAGGCGAUGCCAAGAUUCUGAGGCACGGGGGCACCGGAAAAUGUCGGUUCCUCAUGCGGCAAGAGAAGACUGCAAAGAUCGUCGCCAACCACUACAUCAUUGAUCAACACCCGUAUUGUGACUUAGUGCACAAUGCUGGCAAUGCCAAGAUCUGGGUGUGGACUGCACUCGACUGGGCAGAUGAGGAGCAAAAGGUGGAAAAGUUCGCUCUCCGCUUCAAGACUGAAGAAUUGGCCGACGAGUUUGCCAAGGCUUUCAACGCAGCAAAGAGCAGCUUUCUCAGUUCCAAACUGACGGAGCUUCCGAGGCAAGAUGACGAUGACUGGGAGAAGGCCUGGAACCGCUCCAAAUACAGCACUGGCACAUCCGUUCAGCAUGACGAGCCUGACCUUGGCGCACAAGUCGAGGCAGCGCCCCAUAGAGCUAUGGCUAUGGCCGAGAACGGUUGGCAGUUGGUUUCGUUGGCUGCGCUUUGGCUGGCGAUUUUUGCAGUGGCAUGUGAGCUCUUCUCAUGCGAAGUGCUCGACUUUGAGUGGCGAUUGCUGCCCUACUGUGGCUGGCAAGCCAUAUCGUUAUCGACGCCUUCACCGUCUGCAGAAGAAGCCGGAUCUCCGAAGUCUGCCUGCAAAAGGUACCUCCAGGCGAAGGGCUUCGAAUCAGCUGAAGGUCUGGCGAAGAAGCUUCGGCGUUGCGAAGCGGAAACCUCGAGAAGCUUGGCCCCGAGGCCAGAAGCAGACCUUCCUGGUGUUUCCGACACGACCAAUUUGCAGUGCCAGUAUGUAUCUUCGCUGAAUGCGCGCUCCAGCUGCUGUGGUUGGAGACCUCAUUUCAAUUGGGUGGUUGGAACCUGUGAAAAGAAUUCGCGAAUUCCGAACGCCUCAUUUUGUGAUGGUGUUCCUGACUGCGCUAGAGAACCCAAGAUAAACUAUGCAGCUGCGUACCAGUUCAAUGGCAGUCACUUCGUCUUACAAGAUUCGUCAACAGCUGGGGAGUUGUCAGAGGCAGGAGUUUCAGGUUCACACGCUGCCAGGACUGGGUGGGAGUCGACCAAAGCUCGCUUUCGCUGGGAGGGCGGCGAAGGUGAUUGGCCAACCAAGUAUGCUCCAUGGGGACUUGGUGACAGUGGCCCUCGCGGCCUCACUCCACCUGCCGCACUGUGGGUGCUGAGUGCCGAUAGCUUCUACUACGGCACUUUGUACAUGCUCUCACAGCUGACGCUUAACACACAAGGGGUUGGAGAGCAUGCUAAUUGUUGGGAAUGGGAGUUCGACGCAAUCGAGGGUCUGAUUGGAACAGUGCCGCGGGGACAUCCUUUGCCAGGCAACAUCAACCAGCUGUACGUCACGGCUACAGCGCAGGUGAGCGGAUGCAUGCCGAUGCCAGGCACAGCUGCGCAGGACAACGGCUAUGCGAGACAAUUUUCACAGCCUCAAAACUUUCAAUCCUUCUGUGAGCAGAACCCGCUAGCAGUUGGCUGCCGACCAUGGACUGCUGAGGGUGCAGAUAUUUGGCAUGGUGGUGGCUAUCGUGGAACAGAUCGCUUCGAGAAUGCUGAGAACACUCCAUAUGUCUUCGCUGUGGUCCUUGACCAUCAAGGGUUUUGGGUUUAUCGCUGGAAGCCCGACGAGGAUACCGGUGAGACUGGGUGGCCUGGAAUUUCUCGGACCAGUGCAAAACGAAUUCUGCCGACCCGGCCCCGCAGGAUUUCCGAACCGAGCGGGUUGCAGACGAACGUAAAGUCCGAUACCCGUGAAGCUGUCAUUCUUAUUCCCAGCCUGCCACCGGAGGCUUCUUGCAUGCGGUCGCUGCCAGAACAAGUAGAUUGGCGUUGGGGUGCUGCUGCCCUGGGAUCCAUGGCGUAUGAAGCCGGCGAAUACAAAUUGGGUGAAAAGCUUCAAGGAGCGCAGAAUUGGUGGGCUCACUUCGCAGAUACAGGACAGCUACAAGAAUACCCUCUGUCCAUAGCUGGAGUGCCUUCCACCGAAACGGAAGGUACACGAGCUUGUGAUCGACGCGACAACUUCGGCAAAACGUGCCGUUGCGUUGAUGCCGCCCACCAGGCCGAGGCAGAGGCCUAUGGAGCCGGCGCUUUGGGCGAGGGCCCGGGUGAUUUGGCGGCUCUUGCGGCGAUGCAGGCAACUUCUGGCUGGCGCUGUGAUGGAUGUCGAUUGCAGUGGUCCGAACAGGACUUGGAGUGCAAUGUUUGCGAGAUUGUCCGGCCUGGCUAUGAGUCCGAGGUUGCGGCAGCAAAGGCCGAGAAGGAGUCGGGCAAGCAGAGUGCCGUGGCUGCCUUCCUAGGAGCAACUCAGAUCCUCGGCCGUGAAAUGUAUCGGGGCGAAUGUCCGCACGUCAUGGCCGGCUCAUCCGAGUCCUGUGCAAUGCGACGCCGAGGCGCAGCCGAGUCCUUCGAUCUUUGGAGCCAAUCCCUCUUCAUCCUCGAUAUUCGGUGGCAGCACUUCUACGUUCGACGCUUCCUACGAGUUCAGGAACACCUCAAGGACGCCAUCCACGGUACUUUGAAGCUGAAGCGGCUUCUCAGCGAGGAUGAAGAUGCGUUUCAGAACAAGGGUGGCUCCAUAAAGAAGCGGAAGACUGUAGAAAGAUGCGGACCCGCAGAGCAAGCGAAUGUAACACAUCUCUUGACGAAGUGGGGCGCCGAGGAUGACGUGCUACUGAGGCACGUCCUCGAGGGCUUGAAGCUUGAAGAGCUGGAAGCCCUGAACUCUUCCGGCUACUUACCGGACAAGUUCAAUGCCUGGAAGUCUUGUGCUGACCUGACUGCGAUGCACAUUGCCGGGAUGCGUGAGCGCAACACGGCUGGUGGUGGGGCUUUGGACGCAAUCUCUGCAUUCAGGUUCAACUGGAAGCUGGACGGUACUACGGACCCAAUUCUGAGAAAGUUGUGCCACAAAGACCUUCGAUACGUGCUGACGCGUUACGACGGCUCGAAGGAUUUGCCGGCUCUCAUCCAGGAGGCCGUGGAUUCCGACCCGGACCUGGCUUCAGCGGAAGGAGCAGCAGUCCGAGCCCCAGGAUGCACGGCUGUUGGCAGAUUCCAUCGAUUGGAGCUCAUUGAUCCAACUGCUGAUUCGGCUGUCUUCGGAGAUGCCAACUUGAGCUUUGCAUUGAACUUGGCGAGGCACCGAAAGGCAUCAGCGUAA